UAAGCGAUGAUAUCACACAAACGUGACCUUUACGUCACCUACUGACGUGGGUUUCGAACGCCAAUUGUAGACGUCCACAAGCACAGAAUGUCACGCUCUAUAUACGACGACGUUGCGAAAGCAACAAGUGAUGAAAAGUCAGACGUCGACUGGGCUCUUGUUAUGGACAUAUGUGAUCGUGUGAAUGAAUCACAGAAUGGACCUGCGGAAGUGAUGAAAGCGGUCAAGAAGAGACUUGGAGACCCAAGAGCGUUAGUGGUGUUGCACACUCUAAAUCUCCUCGGUGCACUCGUGGAAAACUGCGGGAAGCAGCUGCAUCUGCUUGUAUGCUCCAGAGACUUUGCAACAGAAUUUCGACGUUUAGUAAAAAUGUCCGGGCCACAGCAGAAAGUGGCUGACAAGAUGAAGGAGUUGAUACACAAAUGGGUGUUUGAGAACUUCAAGGGACACGCUGAUCUCGGGAUCAUCGAGUAUGAACUCUAUUGGAACUUGAAGAGAGAAGGAGUUCACUUUCCGUCGUCUGGUGCACACACUAUGCCAUCAGCUUCUAGCACAGUCAGCAAACCAGCCGGGAGUGUCCAGAUAAGUGAGGACGAACAGUUGGCUAGAGCCAUCCAAAUGUCUCUUAACGAAUCAACAUCAAGUUCAACUCCACAGGCAGCGCCUGUUGCUUCUUCAGUUUCUAGUUUAUAUCCACAGCUGGGAGGAAACAGAGCUCCAUCUCCUACACCAACAAGAAGAGCUCCAGCUGAAAUGCGUAAAGUUCGUGCCUUGUUCAACUUUGAGGCAGCAGAGGACAAUGAGCUAUCAUUUAAGGCUGGUGACAUAAUUGGAAUUUUGGAUGAUUCGGAUCCGAAUUGGUGGCGUGGACAAACAUAUGAAGGCAUUGGCUUGUUUCCUGCCAACUUUGUAUCUCCAGAUUUAUCAGCUCCUCCUCCCAGUCAACAACUUGCUGAUCGGCGAACUCGCUUUGCUGAUUCUGUCCCAGUAACGGAAAAAGCAAAAAAGAAAGCAGAAAUUAGUGAGGAAAAGAUCGACCUUCUGUUGGAGAUGCUUAAGAAUGCGGAUGCAACAGACGCUAAUGGUGAAGAAGACGCCACUGUGAAGGAGCUUGAGGCGCAAUGCAAGGAGAUGGGUGGUCUAGUGACUGACAAAAUGAGAGAAACAGACAGAGCUGUGUCUGAGUUGACUAAACUGAAAGAGCAAUUUGAGGAUGCAAUGGCAAUGUAUCAAAGACUGAUUAAAGAGGUUCCAAAACCAGCAGUAACCCUCGCUGCGGCUUUACCAGUAGCCGAACCAGAACCUCCAGCAUACUCACAAACAGGCUCUCAGGCAUAUGGAUAUCAAGGUGGGAUGUCUAGUCAGUAUGCUCCUCAACCAGCUAUGGCAACAGGCAGGGUUUCUCCUUAUGGUGGUCAGUUUUACACACAACCACCUCCUGCAAUGUUACAUCAGCCACCAAUGGGAGCACCAGUCAUGCAACACCAAACAGAUGGUCACAUGACAAGCGGUUACCAUGGCAUGCCUACUGGUGCAUCUAACUAUGGCUAUCCAUCAAUGGCAUCAUCUCACCAUCAACCUGUGUAUCAGUCUCACUACUCAUCUCAGCCAGUCUCGUAUACGCACAAUGCUGUAGGUCACACACCAUCUGUCUUGUGAUCGAAUGUCAUGUAUGACAAUCGUGUAUAGAGCUACAGAGAGAGAACGUUAAUUAUUUUAGUUAGAUGGCUAGCUGCUGUGUAAGCUAAACAAGCAGUUGAUUAUAAUGUAUGAUGACAUGUUUAUUACACUAUGAUACUUUGUUGUCUUCUU